UGAGUUAUCUGCUCUCCGAUGUUUUCAAGGAAUCUUACAUGGCAAUUUAGUUUCAGGGAGCAUGAUUGAUCUAAAUUUAUGUUUUAGAUAGCGAUUCGAGUCGCCCACGACAAUUUAAGUUAAACCUUGCUGACAUCAUGGUCAGAAAAGAAGAUUUAUGUGACUGGUUUAGAAACCUCCGUCCAUGUAAAAGGUUGGAUUACAUGUGUGGGUUGCUGCAUAUGUGUCUCCCUUAUGAACUACGGUUUAUCGGCACAGUUCUAGAGGACUUGGCAAAGAAAGAUUUUCACUACCUUCGUGAUGCUGAAAUCAAAGCAAAUCAACCAAUUGAUAUAUCUAACAGAAAUUCUGUUAGUUUGUCAGACGAAAAAUUGAGAUCUCAACUUAUUAUAGCGUUAGCACUUUUAAACUCAACAAAUUCAUCUUGUGCUGAGGUAAUUUUUGAAAUAUUGGAUAAACAGUUUGACAGCCUAACUGGAUACUUUGACAACAAGAAGGUAGAAAAUGAAAUAAAGCUUAUAUUGACAAUGGCAUCACACCAUCCAGCUUUUAAGUUUUAUCAGAAACUGAAACUUGGUGAGACCUUGAAUAAGGUUGAAGAAGCUUCACAUGAAUCAAUGCCCAACGAACUGGAACUAGAUUUCUCUAUACCACAAAGACCUCUAGAACCUGAUGUUGAAGUGUCUCUGAAAACUAUUAAAAUAAUUGAUUAUAAAGAGGAACCACAGAACAAGAAGAACUGCCCUGACUAUCGGAUACAAACAACUUGGUCUAAUGGUGAUACCACACAAGUUUACAUGACUUACAAGCAGCUACAGGAGCUACACAGACAGCUACUUCAUGCUUUCCCAGAAGAGAAGAAAAAACACAAUUCUGUACCUACAUUUGCAGCUGUGAAGGAGCCUAUACAAGAGCAAAUGCAGUCUUUGAAUGUAUAUCUUAGUCACAUAGCCAAAGCUCCAGCAAAUAUUUUCAACAGAUUUGGAACCCUCUUUCAUCAAGCAACUUGUCACUCUCCAUCAUUAACUUGUGCAAGCCAAAACCAGCCUCCCCCACAACACUCACUAAAUUACCAGCCUAGUCCCUCUCGAGGAGAUCAAACAUAUGACCACCAUCAUAGGCAUAAUGUACAGAGCAGAAUGCAGGCCAACACCUCACCCCCCAACCAGAUUUUCCAGGGACCAGUUUCCAGUACCAACUCUCCUGACAAUUCACGCACUUCAUCCCCUGCUUCUUCUUCAACUGUAACACCUGGCAGAGGUAGUCACAGGAGCAAAACUUCCAACAUAGAACUGUCACUGAAUCAGCUCUUACUUCUGCUCAAUCUGGAAAAGUAUUCUGACAAUCUUAAAGAAUUUACUAUAAAACAGGUGAUAUGUAUGAGCAAGGAAGACUUUGCCAAAGCUGGAUUGCCACCAGAUGCUCAAAGUAAACUGAAAUCUAAACUUGAUCAACUUAAUCAGCCAAGCCAAGAUUCCCAGAGCAGUAGCACGGAGAUUUUAUCUAAGCUGCCACCAGCUGAGCCACACCCUGGAUUUCCACCUUUUGGGUUGAUACAUCCCUACUAUAUGGUGAGCCCACCUUACCACCCAUAUGUUCAGGGGAUUGCAACCUACCCCUCCCAGCAUAGCCAUUUAGGCUUGCUGCCAUCACCCUCUGCCCCACUGGGUGAGCCUUCGGUUAAUGCUGAGACAAGUCCACCAGCCAGUCCCCUGCUGCAGCAAACGUUGUCCUUGGAGCAGAUUCAAGCCCAGGGCCAAGGAGCUUUGGUACCUGUGAUGUCACCCCCUACAGCAAUGGCUGAUGUAAAAGGGUUGAAACAGUGGCAACAUCCAUUGGACAGUUCAGGCUCUGAAGAAGACAGAGGUGGCGCUGCAACUAAAGGAAAAGGUAGAGGGAGAUCACCACAGCAGUCUCAGUCUAUGCCUCACAUAAAUCCAAAUACAGCAACAGUGUCUGCCAUUGACGAUGCUAAGCUCUCUGGAAUGACAAAUUCUCUGUCAGCGCCUCAUGCACAUUCAGCACUAAUCAGUACUGAGCCUCGGACAGACACUCCCCCUCCGCCACCUUCCCUUAUUGUUCCUGUGGGUGCCACACUAGUAAAUGGUUACAUGUCCGACCCACCUCCGCACCAGUUACCAUGCCCUUCAGUUAUACCAAACGCAAGGUCAAUGAUGCGAUCGUAUAAAACAGCACAGCCAACCCAUACUGGCCAAAAAAAUUUGAUUCCCAUGCCUCAAUACGAUGUCCAACAUCAACCACAAGGUAUGGGCAAAAAUAAUGUGAGUAGUGGAGCAAUCCACCACUCUAACCUGAUUAAUAUUCAUUCCUUAAAUGCUCCACCUCCUGUUUCAUCUGGUUCUCAAGUAGUGUUGGUGGCAACCAAUCCUCAAACACACCUGCAGCAAACGAUACUACCACCAUCUUUGACAGAAACCGGUAACAAUUACGGUUACUAUCUCCCACCUUACCAUCGGAUUGCUACUUCUGUUGCCAAUUCACCUGCCAUAAUGACAACAACACAAACGCUUGGACCGCCUCAUUCCCCAGCCCCUGCAGUCAGUGCCAUGUGCACAGAGCAGGCCCAGCAAGUCCCAUCUAUAGGAAAUUCUGAGAUGGUUGACCCCAGCAGGCCGGAUGGACCUACUCCGCCAAGCCACACCCCACCUAACCACAAUGUUGCCAAGCCUAAUGCAGAUUCUGGGACCCCCAGCCCUCCUCUUGCUUCCAAUAGCAACAAGCAAUCAGUUAAUUCUGAGAUACCUCCCAAUAGAAAUAUGUCUAUAUACCUUUAUCAAAAUGGAUAUAUGAAUAUGCCUUCUCUUAACCAUUACUUUCAUCAACCAAUCCCCCAGCCUAUGCAGCAGCAUUUUCCUAAUGGAUUACAAUCUGAUGUAAUUUGGCCAGGCAGAUUUCCUAGCCAGAUUGCACAUGGCCAAAUUCCAUUUAUUUUAGGAAAUUCAAUGUAUCAACCUUUUAAUCCUGCCAUUAACCCUACAGUAACCAGUAACUCAAGUGUUCCUAACCCAGUACCCCCUAGUGUCCCAGUUAGUGGUAAAAGUGUCUGUUACAAUUGUGGUCAGGCAGGGCAUAAGCCAUCAAAAUGUGAAGAGAACACAAUGGAGUCUAUAUCAAAUCCAUUUCAUCUAGACUACAAACCCAAAUCAGAUUCAGAAUGACCCAGGCUCUUAAAAGACCUUGGUGAAAAUAUAAAAAAGCCAUGGUCUCCUGCUGAUCCCAUAGCCGUUCUAGUUUUUAUGUGAUAAUCAUGUGCUCAAAAUCCACUGGUCAAGAACACACAGAUAGUGAACGUUCUUUGGUUAUAUUAACCAUGUGUGGCUUGGAAUUUUGUGAAGAAACUAAAGAGCAGGAGGCUUUAAUCACACCAUGCUACUCUAACUGGACUCAACUGCUAUUGUAUAUUUGGAAAAAGAUAACCUUAAUCUGUAUUUGGUUAUUAGUGGUCAUCUGGGACUUAUGUGGUUAAGUUUCAAAUACAAUUUGGAUUUAUAAAAAAAAACCCUCCUUGAUAUCACUACUACAUACCAUCUUUUUUGUGUUAUUCAAUUUGGACUUUUGAUGUAUGCCACAUUUGUGAAGGUGUUACUGUCUGGAGGUUUAUUGGAUUACUUUCUUGACCUGCAGCUCUCAAACCACCAGUGCAAAAUAAUAGCGAGACAAACUUUGUGUGGAGAGUGUCCGAAAACAGUUCUAGAAAACCCCACAGUACAUUUAUUGUUUACGGUUUGUAGCAUUGUAAAAAAAUUGUGAUUUAUUAUCAGAAAAAAAAAGGUUCAGCUAAAUACAUUAAAUUACCUUUAAGUUAAAAAAAAAAUGGUUUUGAUGGCUACCCUGUGAGCUUGAAGCCAUUUUGUCAUUUUCUCAGGAUAUUUCUAACAUCUCUUCCCUAACUGACAUUGAAAGUUAUUAAAAUUGUAUAUUUUUGUAUAAAAAAUUUAUGUAUUUUAAAUAUUUCUGAGUGAUUGUUAAGCAGCUUUUUUACAAUAUUUGUGCAAAAGUUGAGCAGAGCUGUUGGGUGUGCCGUGUUUAUUUGCAUUUUUAAAUUGAUUUUGAAUUGAUUUUUAUGAUAGAUAAAAAAUGAGGUAACAAGUUAAGUGGUGUAUUUAACUUGGGAAGCAGAUAUUUUUACUCAGUUGCUUUUAAAAUUAUAGAAAUAACAUUGAGGCAAAUAUAGUUUUUAAAAAAAACUUCCUGAGAUGCGUUGCCAUUUUUAAAAAAAAUAGUUAAACAAGGCUCAAGCAUGAUCAUAUAUUUUUGUAGCUUUUCUAGAGAAAUUAACGUACACAGUUUAUUUUACUGGUAAGAUUUUUAAACUGCAGGCUGUAGUCAAGAUCGUAUUUUAAAUGUGUUUAUAUGGAAUUCUAUUGCUAUUGUAUUGGUAGAAUGGAUAUAGAUUUUCUUUCAAAGCACCACAAUGAUAGCUUGUAUUUUAAAAAUCUUCCAAACCACAGUUAUUAUUUUGUAUAUGGUCAGUCUUUAAUAUAAAUAGACUUUAUUUGGCAGGGGUAUUAUUUGAUCACUAUUUUCCAUUCUGUUGGAAUGUGUAUGCCUCUAUUGCUAACAUCACUGCAUUGUUCUUAGAUUGUAAUGGCAUGACUCUUCUUAUGUAUGCAUUUUUUCUGCACAAUUAAUUUAGUGUCUGUUGCUUUUUUUAAAAUCUCACUUUUCUUAAUGUAAUACGAAUAGCCAUGCACUGACCAUUAAUCAAUAAUUUAAAAUGUCUUAUUUUUAAAAUUUUUUAAAGUAGUGUUUUUAUUUUUUGAAUUUUAAUGAGGAAGCAGAAAAAUGAAUUUCCUUUCAUGAGUUCUAUUGGCUGCAAAUAGUUAUUUUUAUAAAUUGUCAUUUUAUUAUUAAGAUGUUUUACACCAAAAUUUCAAAAUAACUAAUAUAAAAAAUUAGACUAAUGAAUUAUUUUAAAAUCCUAAUAUUCAGAUUUCUAUCACUGUGUGUAAUCUGUUGAAGUGAGCCUAGUUCCAUGACUGCUAUGUACAUUUGUAUAAAUAUCUU